CCCUUUGAGCUGUGCCUCGAUCAGUUGAAGCACCUAUGGCGCAAACCCGUGGCAGCGUUCCAUGAGUGCUACGGUAGCCCACUAAACCCACCGAACAACGAAGUUCGCCGGGUAGGAAACGUGGCAUGGAUCGGUGUCCCUCUGUUUCAUCUUCUCGCCCUUGCACGGCCACUCCGCGAAGCUGCGUACCUGUGGUACAGCGGGCUUGACCGUGGUACCUUCGGCGGCAUCGUGGCUGACGGCUAUCGCAAAGACCUGCCAAUUGAAAAGGGGCUCGCCCGGAAAUCCUUGUCGCGUAUGAGAUGA